GCCGCAGUUGCCGAAACAGUUGGACCAUUAUUUCCAAAACAUUACAUCCAAAUUCAAAAUGAUGAAGUUCUUGGUACUUCUGGCUCUUGUUGCCGCCGUCAGUGCUCAAAGCCACUACGAACAUCAACAACACUACCAGCCCCAGCACUACCAUCACGAAGAGGAACAUCACGGACCAGUGCACUACGAGUAUCACUACGAUGUGCAUGAUGACCAUACCGGUGAUGUUCACGGCCAGAAGGAGGCUCGUAAGGACGACUCUACUCAGGGCGAGUACUACCUGAUCGAUGCCGAUGGCCACAAGCGUACCGUCACGUACCACGUUGAGGGUAAGAGCGGAUUCAUCGCGGAGGUGCACCGUGAGCCGAUCAAGGGAUACCAGGCACCACAGCCCCACCAUCAGGCUCCGUCUCACUACAACUAUCAGCAUUAAAGAAUAGCAUAAUAUUAAAAUAGAUAUCUGUACCUUUAUCGUAGUAAUAAACGUGGGGCACACUUAAUUGAA